UGACAAUACAGCUCUGUAAGUUUAUUGAUUUUGGGUGGUGACUAACAAACGGACAAACGGCACACAGCUUGGAGUUUUUUUUUUUUUGGAGUUAUUUGAUUCAGAGUUCCCACAUUGAGUGGAAAUGAAGAUAUAAUAAAGUCAAUACAAAAGGUGAGGAAACGUUUUCGGUGUUAAUCAGAGGCAGCCCCGUCAAGUUCUAGCUCUUUGCUGUUGAGACCGAAAGCGAGUGACGCAUUGAAGAUAAAAGAAAAUCGUUAACCAGACGACAGUGUUAAUAAAAAUGGUAGCCACUCCUUAUCUGUUUAACGAAAUAGAGAGGAUAUUCCGAAAUACCCCUUUGUAUGCUAUAGUUUUGGAAGCAUUUCUCCUACUUUCUGUGAUAUGGCUAUUGCUUUACAAGCGCAAUGGCCGCCAACGGUUUACCAAGGAACAAGAGGAUGAAAUAAUAAGUAAAUACGAACCCGAGCCAUUGGUUGCAGACACACUUCCGAACCAUCCUCUGUUACGCACACGUCUGGUUCAGUCUAAAGUUGGCAAACGAAUUGUCGUGGAUGGGUAUGAUUGUCUUAACUUGGCCUCCCAUAACUAUUUGGGAUUGCUUGAAGAUAAUCAAAUACUGGAGGAUGCGUGCAAAAGUUUGCGUAAAUAUGGCGUGGGCUCCUGUGGUCCACGUGGUUUCUACGGUACUAUGGACGUUCAUUUAGAUCUGGAAGAACGUUUGGCCAAAUUCAUGGAAAUGGAGGAAGCGUUAGUAUACUCCUAUGGAUUUUCGACAAUAGCGAGUGCCAUACCCGCCUAUUCAAAGAGAGGGGAUGUCAUUUUCGUCGAUGAAGCUGUUAACUUUGCUAUUCAAAAGGGUCUGGAUGCCUCCAGAAGCACAAUUUACUUUUUCAAACAUAAUGACAUGAAUGACUUGGAAAGACUUCUGAAAGAACAAGCUGUACGGGAUGAUAAGAACCCCAAGAAGGCCGCUAAGACAAGACGUUUUUUGGUAGCUGAAGGCAUUUAUAUGAAUACUGGAGAGAUGUGUCCUCUGCCUGAGCUGGUUGCUUUAAGGGCAAAAUAUAAACUACGCUUCUUUCUCGAUGAAAGCCUAACGUUUGGUGUCUUGGGGAAGAAUGGUCGUGGCCUCACUGAACAUUUAAAUGUAGAUCGCAACGAGGUUGACCUCAUAUCCUCUGGUAUGGAGUGGGCAGUAGCAUCUAUUGGGGGCUUUUGUGUUGGUUCUAAUUUUAUAGUAGAACACCAACGUUUGUCUGGUCUGGGAUACUGUUUCUCGGCUUCCCUGCCUCCACUAUUAGCACAAGCAGCCAUAUCUGCUCUCAAUCUCUUUGAAGCUGAGCCUAAAAUAUUUGAAGAGUUGCAAGAGAAAACAGCAAUAUUGCAUCAAAAAUUUUCACAAUUUUCAAAGUUGAAAUUGAGAGGUGCUGAGCUUUCGCCUGUGAAACAUCUGUUCUUAACUAAAACUCUAGAAAACAACGAAGAGGAAAGAAAACUUCUAACAAAAAUUGCCGAUACAUGUAUAUCUCGAGGUGUGGCGGUAGUUGAAGCAUGCUACCUUUACAAUUUGGAGAAACAUCCUUUACGUCCAAGCAUUCGUAUCGCUUCAAACCGUCUAUUGACUACAGAUGAAAUCGAGCACGCCUUUAAUGUUAUAGAAUCUGUUUCGAGUAAUCUUAUUCAGUAAUUCCUUGAAGUGUAGUGACUUUGCUACUGUCGUACAAUACAUAUAAGUUUCCGCCUUAUGUAGAAAAAACAA